AUGGAGGUUUGACAGAGAAUUUAUGUCACUUCGUGUGAUUUGUUUCGUUUUAAAAUUGCGUUAUCAAUAAUUAAUAGUGAAUUAAAAUUUCCAAAUACAAAUUACAAACAAUACUCUGUUGGAAACACCUCUGAGGCAUUAAAAUCUUUGUUGGAAUAUUCUUAUUAAAAGUGUUUAUAUAUCAAAAUUUGGUAAUCAGCUGAGGAAAAUUAUAAAAAUUGUGUCUUUUUCAAGAUCGUGUUAUUUCUUAUACUUUAUUAUUUUUUAAAGCGUUUUGAGCCGCAGACAAACUGGAUCGAUUACCGGAUUAUCUUCGCGACACCGUCGAUUGGUUUAUAGGGAAAGCAAGGCGUAAGGAAAAGGAAGGUGAUUCUAGUUCUUCAGGGGAUUCUAAGCUAUAUUUAGAAUCUACUGUUCUUGAACGAAAACUGCCUGAUAUGGACAUUAGGUUAUUAGUGGAUUUACCGGCCGGUCUUGAUUAUAAUGAAUGGCUUGCAUCGCAUACCAUGGCUCUAUUUGAUCAUGUAAAUUUAGUAUAUGGAACAGUUAGCGAAUUUUGUACAACAACUACAUGCCCUGAUAUGACAGGGCCUGGACAAAGAACAUAUUUGUGGUUUGACGAAAAAGGGAAAAAAACCAAAGUUGCCGCCCCGCAAUAUAUAGAUUAUGUUAUGACGUUUAUCCAGAAGACUAUAAGUGAUGAAAAUAUAUUUCCUACGAAAUAUGCAAAUGAAUUUCCUUCAUCGUUUGAAUCGAUAGUCAGAAAAAUAGUGCGGCUGUUAUUUCACGUGGUGGCGCAUUUAUACGCGAUCCAUUUCAAAGAAGUGGUAAUGUUGGGCUUGCACGCCCACUUGAACCUGACCUUCGCUCAUUUAACGGCGUUACAAAACCGGUUCACCCUGAUAGAUCCCAAAGAGACAGAAGUUUUAAAAGAUUUAGAAGUUGCUUUAAGGUUAACUGAAGAGAGUCAAGAAUCCGCAAAUAAUAAUGAUAAAAGAGAAGAGUUAGGUGAAACCAAAACAGAUCCCAGUGAGGACGCAACUAAUAGCGACAAUAAACUUUAGUCAGAUUAUUGACAUUUUGAUUUAAGGAAAUGGACACAGAAAUUGACAUUGUCUAUAUUAAUGUGAUGUAAAAAAAGAAAAUCGAGAAUCAAUUUCUAAGUUUUAAACACUCAUGUGGUUAGCGAAUGUGAUGUUAAGAGAUACUAUAGUGACUGAUUUAUUUUUCUAGUUAAACUUUAUUUAUUAUGUUCCCUUUGUAAUUUAUGUGAUGAACCUCGGAAAAGCUUUUUUUUUGUAUCAUAUUCCUAGGAUUGUAACCAUGUAAGUAAGUGAGAAUAUACAAGGUGUUCAUGCUUAACAAUUAUGCUAAAAUGAAGCGAUGUUACAUGUUUGCAUGUUGAACGAGUGGUUAAAUUUAUAUCAAGCAGUUCUGUUUCCUUUGAUAUCAAGAACUUUGUUUCACUUUUUAUUUAACUAAAUGUAAGUUAAUGUUAUGUUUACUUCUUAAAAUCCUAGUCGUAUUAAAUUCCAGUAGAGCUUCACUUACAAGUCCAUUGUAAUUUAAAUAUAUUAUGAACAACUUGUAUAUUGUUGUACCGUCUUUAAAAAGCCUUUUUUUUAUUCGGGGCAAUCUAUUUUUCCAUAAAUAUUUAGACGAAUGUACACUUUGAUGUGGAUAUUUUGUACGUUCUGUUGACUAUUGAGGGAAGUGACUGUAUUUUCAGGAACUUUCUAAAGUAAGUAACCUUUUUGAAGAAUUUGACUCGAAUGACCCAAGAAGUUUUAAAAUUUCCAGCAAGCUUUAUAUUAUGUCUAAGUGAUUACUGAUGAGUUCAUACAUUCUUGUGUAUUGACUUGAGUCUUAAUUCGAUGUAAUUGAACAUCGCAAUCGGAGCGAGUGUUUGUUUAAUAAACGAGUAGCUUAAAAAGUUUAUGGAAGGUGUUUGAUACUAUAUUUUCUCUACGAACUUUAGUUUUUGGGUACAUUUUCGCAAAACAACACGAAUACAUUCAGUGACAUGACCGUCAGAACUGACAAACGUCAAAUUCAAGGUAAUGUCCGAAGUGACUCGGAUCCCUGGGAAAUAAAACUGACGUGGUGCUUCCCGCAGACGGGAAUGGAAAAAUUAUUUUAUUUUAUUUUUAUUUUUAAAUUUAUAUAAUUUACAGGUUGAGAUAUUAAAAAUAGAACUGUAGUAUCCUAUUUGUCGAUCCAAAACUUAAGCAACAUGGCAAAAAAGAUCAGGUCUAUUAAGAAUUGUAGGUUAUCCUCAAAAUCGGCGAAAAAUGUUCUUAAUUUCUUUCAGAUAGCGUAGAAAAAAAUCUAAGCCAUCAACCUAAUGAAAAUAAACUUGUUUGUGGUCUCUUUCUAAUAAGCGGAUGAAGUACUGGACUCAUCAGUUUGUCAAAAUAUUUUAGAGAAAGAUUAAUUUGAGCCUUAGAAGUUUCUCAGAUAUUAAAACGUUUGCAAUGCUUUAAAAAUAGUACUUCAAUUUUUGAAAACUCUUAACUCAGUACUUAAGACGUUCAUACUUUACAUUUGCAGAAUAGUUUUGUAACUUUCAAAAGUUUCACAAUAAGCAAAAGUUGCGACCUAUGAAAUGAAAAUUUAUUUCGUUUGUGUUCCUGUACAAUUUUUAGUUAAUAACUUAAGUGCUUUGGGAUUGGACUUGAUAUACAGGGUGUGUUCAUUCUAUAAUGUUUUUCCGGUUAAGAAUUCCCGCUAACAGUAUAUUGCCCUUGUCUUCCUAUCUUGUGUUCAUUUUAUUUGUUUCUAGUGUACUCUGUAUAUCGCCAAUUACCUUGGGGCAUUGUUAGAAUGUAAUUUGUCCCGUUUAAUCGUGUCUUGAAGGUAUAUUAUGUAAUAUACUAGGAUAUAUGAAAA